GGCCGAGAACUGAAGUGAUUAUUUGGGACGCAUUGAGAGCAAUGAAGAUCGGACGCGCUCCUCAUUCAAAUCGCGACGUCACGGUCCACGCGCACGAUGUGUUUACAUGUUCCGUCGCCAUUUUGGCUCAAGCGGGUGAAAGGUUCUGGUCAUUUUCAGGUCGCUUUGCUGCCAGCGGCUCAGCAACCAAGCGCGGCCUACGUGACCAAGGCGUUGCGUGGCAGCGUCGAUGGCCCCGCUAGGCUUGGAUAGCCACUUCUACAAGAUGGUCUUGCCGAUAGUAGCGUGCGAGAGCGUUCUAUGGUGGUAUGCCUUCCAGUACCUCCAGACUGACCCUCGGACUUGCCAGGUGGUGCUCUCUUUGCUCGGACUCUGGUGGUGCUUCGCGGCUUUGUGGGUGGAGGUGAAGAUCGAGAUGGCUUAUCCUGGUUUCGAUUACGAGAACCCGACAGACCCACAGAUGAAAAGGUACAAGCCGUUCUGUGACUUCGCGCCAUGGGCCACGUGCAGCGUGGUGCUCAUGUCGCCACCUGGGCGCUUCCUGCGGUACUUCGGAGUCGCCAAGGAGGGCGGCGGGGAGGGCUUCAUCAACUGGGCGCGAGGCAUGAUCGAUGUGCCCAACCCUACGCUGGGAGUCCUCUAUUUUGCAGCCCACCUUUUCUGGCCACUGAUACUGAUAUUGCCGAUCCCUUUUCUUCCGCAGCUUUUCUUUCUUGCGUGUAUUUUUGUUGGUGGCAUGACGAUUUGGCUUGCCUACAACUUGUUCUUCGUCUUGAAAGACUUCUGCGUGGUCUGCGUCUCGCAGUACGUUGUGAACUUUGCCCUGAUUCCGACUGUGUACCACAUGCUGCACUCCAGCUACGGCAUCCUCGACUUCGGCGUAGUGCCCAAGGGACUCCUCUGCCCGUUCCUCGCCCUGGACGCGGUCAUGGGCGUCGGGGUACUCCUGUUGUGGCUGUGGUCGCUGCGGAACCCGCGCGCCGCACACGCGCGAGAGAUCCGGAAGGAGGGAUACCUUCAGGUGGGCGCCUGAGCAGGCCACCCCAGGACGCGAGCCCAGCGGCAAGUGGACGGCGGCGGGGAGAGGCGCGGAGCGGCCUCCGCGACGAGGGCGCCCUGGGGGCUCGGUGAAGACGUUGGCUGGGGAAUGUCACACGACCACGCCCAGUGGUGUACAUAGAGUCUAGAGGCUUUCUGCGUGCACGAUUCUUUUCCGACGCCCGGAUCUCCACCUCCCGAGGCGGGCACGCGCCCGGCCCUGCUCAGGGCCUCUGCCUCGGGCGCGGGGGGCCUAGGAUGAGGUGGAGAGGAGAGGAGUAUGGAGGCAACCGCGCUGCCCUGGCUGGCGCCCCACUGCGCGCGCGCGAUACGCGCGCGGCCAGGCGACGGCGCGGGCGUGCGCGCGCGGGCGCGUGCGCCGAUCCCGCCGCCCUGCACUGCGGGGGGCCGAUUUUCUGUGGGCGCGCGGGCCGUGCGCCUCGCCACGAGCCAACUGGGUCCUUUGAAAGCGUUUGGGCCUGUUGUUGCAGUUUUCUGGUUGGAGAGAGCUUCCCUCCACAGGCCAGCGGGGUGGCCAGCAAGGAACGCUUAAGCUCCAUGUUGCGUUGAUUAAAAAUGUACGAUGUGCUCGCACUGCUAAUCGUACACCCUUCAAGCGCACAAGGGACUUCGACGAUGUUGCACACGAGCCUUACAAAUUUCUGCACCGAGGCUCGCCCUCUGCUGCCCCCCCCUCUGCCGCUGGGGGCGGCGCAGGAUCCCCCCUCCGUCUCUGCUCGCCCGUUGAGACGUGUUCCGUGUGCUUGUAGACUCCCAAUAUUGUGUCGGGCGC